AAAAUUUUCUGAUUAAGUUUACAAUUUGUGUGGCUGCUCCUUUGGUUUCCAGCAAGCAUCGAAAGUAUUCCCACCAAUGGCCCGCUCCCUCUCCUCUCAUUCCGAACUCCCUUGUUCCUACGUUCCUAUACCCGACGGAUCCUAUUCUCCGGCGGAGCCUCCAAAACACGUGGCGAAAAAGGUGCUUCUCAUCUCAUCUGGGUUGCUCCUGCUGCUUCUGUCCUUGGUGACCUUCAAUGCCUACUACCCGCAUUCAUCUGGAGACGGAGAUCGUGCUUCAUUAACACCAACAACGCCCGAUGAAUUCGAAUUCAGCCCUCACACGGUACCAAGCUCAAUGUUGAAACCAUUUUCACGUGGCGUCUCUUCAGGGGUGUCGGAGAAGUCCAGCUGGAUGUUGAAGAGCAGCAAUGGAGAAUCCUAUCCUUGGAGCAAUAGCAUGCUGUCAUGGCAGCGAACGGCUUAUCACUUCCAGCCUGAGAAGAAUUGGAUGAACGAUCCUAAUGGUCCUAUGUACUACAAAGGGUGGUAUCACUUCUUCUACCAAUACAAUCCGAAAGGUGCAGUUUGGGGUACCAUAGUUUGGGGGCACGCUGUAUCAAGGGACUUGAUUCACUGGCUUCACCUUCCACUGGCAAUGGUGGCUGAUCAAUGGUAUGACCAAAACGGUGUGUGGACAGGCUCUGCCACCAUCUUACCCGAUGGUCAAGUCAUCAUGCUAUACACUGGUUCCACCAACGAGUCAGUGCAGGUCCAAAACCUUGCAUACCCUGCAGAUCCCUCUGAUCCUCUCCUUGUUGAUUGGAUCAAAUACCCUUCAAAUCCAGUUCUGUUCCCUCCACCAGGCAUCGAUACCAAGGAUUUUCGUGACCCCACCACAGCUUGGCUCACCUCAGAAGGCAAGUGGCGCAUCAGUAUUGGUUCAAAGCUUAACAAAACUGGCAUAGCCUUGGUUUAUGAUACCAGUGACUUUAAGACCUACGAGCGUGUGGAGGGACUGCUCCGUGCCGUGCCUGGCACUGGCAUGUGGGAGUGUGUUGACUUCUUUCCAGUAUCCAGUGAGGGUGAAAAUGGCUUGGAUGCUUCAAUCAAUGGGGAGAAUGUGAAGCAUGUGGUGAAGGUUAGCUUGGAUGAUGAUAGACAUGAUUACUAUGCAGUGGGGACUUACGAUGAGAAGAAUGCCAAGUUCACACCAGAUGACUUGAAGAACGAUGUUGGUAUUGGACUCAGAUAUGACUACGGUAUAUUUUAUGCAUCCAAGACAUUUUAUGAUCAGAGUAAGGGAAGGAGAGUGUUGUGGAGUUGGAUUGGAGAGUCUGAUAGCGAAUCUGCUGACGUAGCCAAAGGUUGGGCAUCCAUUCAGGGUAUUCCAAGAANAACGAUUAUACUAGUUAUAAUGAUAACAUUUGACGAAAAAGACAUUUUAAUCUUUUAA